AUGCUGGAAAGAACUGUGGAGGAUCCAGGUUUUUUUGAUAAAAUUCUGUGGACAGACGAGUCUAGAUUUGAAAGAACAGGAGUCUUCAAUAUCCACAAAUACCAUAGUUGGGCUGUUGAAAACCCACACAAGGCAAGGCCUUCAAAUUUUCAAACACAUUAUAGUGUAAACUUGUGGUCAGGAAUUUUGAACGGGGAACUUAUAGGACCUUUUGAAUUGCCUGCUAGAUCGAUAUGCAACACCCAAGCAGGAGACGGAGAACCCAUUGAGGGACCACGGUGUGUUCAUGGCCCGGAAGCGUGGCUAGAGGGAUUGAGACAGAAAAGAUGGACACUUGCUACCAUACUCAUCGUCCUGCUUGCCGCUCACAGAUGCGACACAACAGCAUCCCUACUAGGUCAAGGUGACAACCAGGUGAUCGUGCUUAGAAUUCCUUCUCAACGAUAUGUUCAAGAGCGAAAGUUAACACCAGACGAGUAUACUGAACAGUUUCUCAGAGUGCUUGAGGACAUCUGCACGGCGUCCGGGAUAGUGAUCAAGGUACCUGAAUCAUGGAGGUUCAGGAGGUUAUUGGAGUACGGCCGACGCUACUAUUUGGAUGGUGUUCAAGUAAGUGGGGCAUUGAAAAAGGCGUCAAGAUUUACAAGCGAGGCCAACCAAACAAUACAUACCACGAAUGCACUCAUCGCUGGUUUAUUCUCCAGUGGCACCUCAGUUGAGGGAAAUGACGAAACACCACUUCCUGCUUAUAUGAUGACGGUGUUCGAGGCUGCACGGGUCCUAUGGAGGAGGCACGCUGAGCAUUAA